AUGGUCACUCCUAACAACUGUACAAAAACACUCACGCUCAACACAGGAGCACACAUCCCACAGAUCGGACUUGGAACGUGGAAAUCCCCCGGUGAUCAAUGUUACGCCUCAGUGAAAGCAGCUUUGCAAAGUGGAUACAGGCAUAUUGACACCGCCCGGGUUUAUGGUAAUGAGGAAUGGGUUGGAAAGGCCAUCAACGACUUCUUGAAAGAGUCAAAAGUUCCACGUUCGGAUCUUUUUGUCACGACAAAGUUGUGGUGCACGGAGUUUGAGGAUCCAGAGGAGGCAAUUCGUGAUUCUUUGAAGAGACUUGGUCUUGAUUACAUUGAUCUUUACUUAAUGCACUGGCCUGCAGCAAUGGCUCCAAGUAAGACUGAAUUGUUCCCAAGGAGACCAGAUGGAGGCCGUGCUCUGCUUCCAUUCGAUGAAUGGAGUUACGUUGACACCUACAAGGCAAUGCAAAAGCUUGUGGACUUGAAACUUACCAGGGCAAUUGGUAUUUCUAACUUCAAUAUUCCAAAGAUUGAGGCUCUUUUGAAUGACAAGGAUGUUCACACAGUCCCAGCCUGCCUCCAAGUCGAGCUACAUCCUUACCUUCCACAGCAUGAAUUGGUGGAUUUCUGCACUUCUAAAGGAAUUGUUGUUGAGGCAUACUCACCUUUGGGCUCAUCCGGUGCUCCUUUAUUGAAAGAUUCGACUCUUCGCGUAAUUGCUGCUAAGUAUGAUGUUUCACCUGCCACUAUCAUUUUGAGUUGGGAUGUUCAGCGUGGAAUUGUCGUUAUUCCAAAGUCUGUGAACCCGAUCAGGAUUGCAUCGAACAGGAAAGUCGUUGAACUUGCUGAUGAGGACUUCAAAGCCGUCGGUGAACUGUACAAGACCAUCCAUAAGCGGUUUGUUUCUCCGGACUGGGGUGUCAACAUCUUUGAAAGUGAUGCUCACUUCAAUUAA